AAACUCACAUUACCUUUUCCUUGUGUUGUGUGUCUCCUUUCCCUUUCCCUUCCCCUUACAAAGAAAAACAAAAUUUGCAUUUAGGUAAGGCCUGGAAAGGAAAUUGAAGGCAACAAACAACAAUGAGGUCCAACUCCAAACCUCAUUCUCCUUUUAACACCAAGCUCAUCCUCAUCUGUGCUUCUGUUGUUCUCUUCGUCUUCCUUCUCAUUACCACCACCUCUUCCUUUUCCAAACCCCCCAUUUCACAAUCCCAUCUCUCCAACUCCACACACCCUGUCGACGACAGUGAACCAACCCCACUAGAUUGCCCAUCCCUUCCCUUGACCCCAACAUGCACCAAAACUCCACCUUCUCUAGCCAAUGCCCUCAUCCACUAUGCCACCACCAACAUCACCCCACAACAAACCCUCAAGGAAAUCUCGGUUUCCGCUAGAGUUUUAGAGAAGAAAGCCCCUUGCAACUUCUUGGUAUUCGGGUUAGGACAUGACAGUCUGAUGUGGGGAGGUCUUAACCAUGGUGGUCGUACCGUUUUCCUAGAAGAAGACAAGGCAUGGAUCGAACAGAUCAAGCAAAAACUUCCCAGUUUGGAAUCGUACCAUGUUGAGUAUGUAACCAAAGUCCACCAAGCAGAUGAUCUGCUAGAGACGGGAAUGAAGGAGGAGUGCAAAGUGGUGGGUGAUCCUAGAUUCUCCAAAUGUGACUUAGCUCUCAAAGGGUUCCCAAACGAGAUAUAUGACAUAGAAUGGGAUCUGAUCAUGGUUGAUGCCCCAACUGGGUUCCAUGAUGAAGCCCCUGGGAGAAUGAAUGCCAUCUACACUGCAGGGCUGAUGGCUAGGAAUAGAGAAGAAGGGGAGACUGAUGUGUUUGUGCAUGAUGUGAACAGAGUUGUUGAAGAUAAGUUCUCAAUGGCUUUUCUUUGUGAAGGCUAUUUGAGGGAGCAACAAGGAUUACUAAGACAUUUCACCAUUCCCAGUCACAGGUCUCGCUCUGGAAGACCCUUUUGUCCUUGAUUCUUUCAAUUUCGAGCCUCCCAACAAGGAUUUGGAAGUCGUGCUAUUGUUAUUUUUAUUUUUUCCCUUUUCGAUUCUCAGUUUUAUCCGACACAAUUUUCAUUUUUAAUGCCUUAUCUUUGAGAUCUAUGUUUAUAAAGUUAUAGCAAUUUUAUUUGUUUUUUUAGUAUUUUAUUUUUCUUCUUCUUUAGUAACAAAGAAAAACAGAGAGUAAUAAUUGUAAUGGGGGAGCCUAAUAAUUCUAUUUUGGAGGUUAAUAUUAGUGUAAUAAUAUUUUACAUUAUUCACAA